AUGGGAACGGGCAAGGAUGUGUACAAGUAUUACUCGGGAGCAUGGACCAACUUCCCUAACCAGAGUACUUGGAUCUCAUUCAACGAGAUGUGGGCAGGUAACCUUCACACGUUGCAGCAUGGUUGCAAUGGAUUUGGCAAAUCGCAGAAUUCCGAAAGCAACAUCCAAUCGAUCUACAGCGCCAUCCAGGACCGCGCCUCUGCCUCUCUCGUCGAUCAUCGCUUGAUCUUCGCGACCGUGCUACAAGAAUCAAGGGGUUGUGUGCGCGUAGGCUCGACCACCUCCUCUACCGGAGUCAACAACCCCGGGCUCAUGCAAUCCCACAACGGACAUACAUUUUCCGGGGCACAUGCGAACGAGUCGAUCUACGCUAUGAUCCAAGACGGUACGCAAGGUACAGCGGAUGGCGACGGCUUGGUGCAGAACCUGAACAUUUACGGCAACCCGUAUUCGGCGGCAAGAGGGUACAACAGCGGAUAUAUUCCGAAGAGUGGCAAUUUGAGCGAGGCAGCUGGCGCAACUGCUUGCUAUGUCAGCGAUAUUGCGAAUCGGUUGACCGGCUGGGCCAAUGCUACCUCAACGUGUCCGGGCGGUGCAUAA